AUAUAUAUAAAUAUUUUAGAUAUAAAAAAAUGCAUAUUUGGUCGACACUGAGAACUUCAUCUAUGCUGUGAGAUUGGGCGGCGGCGGCGGCGGCAAACGGAGUUAAUCCAUCUUGAAUCGGAAUUGCGAAAGAUGUGGACGUUCACAGCGAGUUUUCAGCAAUGUCCGACCUCCUCCAUUCCUUUCAUUGCCAUUUCCUCGCCUUCUUAUUCAUCUUCUUCGUAUUCUCGCCUCUGUUCGAAGCCGCCGACGCUUAUUUGCACUGCCGUACAGUCUCAGGUCGAGACUCUUACUGGAACCACACACGGGAGGAUCUCCGAUAGAACUGAGAUUCGAUUUGGGUUGCCUAGUAAAGGUCGCAUGGCAACCGAUACCCUAGACCUUCUCAAGGACUGUCAAUUGUCUGUAAAACAAGUCAAUCCUCGUCAGUAUGUUGCAAAUAUUCCGCAGUUAUCGGCCUUGGAAGUCUGGUUUCAAAGGCCUAAAGACAUUGUUCGGAAAUUGUUAUCUGGAGAUCUGGACCUCGGCAUCGUGGGUCUUGAUACAGCAAGCGAGUAUGGACAAGGUAGUGAAGAUCUUAUCGUUGUUCAUGAGGCCCUUGAAUAUGGUGAUUGCCGAUUGUCGCUUGCUAUACCCAAAUACGGCAUUUUCGAGAAUAUAAAUUCAAUCCGGGAUCUAGCUCAGAUGCCCCAAUGGACCGAGGAGAAGCCACUUCGAGUUGCUACUGGCUUUACUUAUCUUGGCCCCAAAUUUCUUAAAGAAAAUGGGUUGGAACACGUCAGUUUUUCAACGGCUGAUGGAGCAUUAGAAGCUGCCCCUGCGAUGGGGAUAGCUGAUGCUAUUUUGGACCUUGUUAGUAGCGGGAUUACUCUGAAAGAAAACAAUUUGAAAGAAAUUGAAGGUGGUGUAGUAUUGGAAAGCCAGGCUGUUCUUCUUGCCAGCCGAAAGUCCUUGCUUCAAAGAAAAGGUGCUUUAGACACAACCCAUGAAAUUCUUGAAAGACUGGAGGCACAUCUAAGGGCUGUUGGUCAGUUCACGGUGACUGCAAAUAUAAGAGGAAGUAGUGCACAAGAAGUCGCAGAGCGCGUUUUAAGUCAACCAUCAUUGUCUGGAUUGCAGGGCCCUACUGUGAGUCCAGUUUUCUGCAAACGUGAUGGGAAGGUAGUAGCUGAUUACUACGCCAUUGUCAUAUGUGUCCCCAAAAACUUCCUCUACAAGUCGGUUCAGCAGCUGAGAGCAAUUGGAGGAAGUGGGGUUCUAGUAUCUCCUCUGACAUACAUUUUUGACGAAGAAACUCCCAGAUGGAAUAAUCUUCUCAAAGAACUUGGGCUGUAGUCAUUACUACCAGACAUGUAAUGCAUGAGAUGAGAGCGAGUUUAUAAAAGGUAUCCUAUCCUGUUUCUAGUGACCUUAGCAAGAGUACUUCCACUUCAUCUUCCUCCGACAUAUCCAUCAAACUUGAGUUAUUUAUGUGUGAAUCCUGAACCAGAUUCUCUAAGCAGCUUUUGUGUCAUUCGUAUUCUCGUAAACGUUUUGCGCAUUCAUCCUUGGCCGUCUCAAAUGUAUUGUUCUGUUUUGUUUCUUGAUUCUAUUAUUCGUAUUACCUGUUUUUUUUUUCUCUCUCAAGGAUGGGAGGGAGGAAGAUUUGGUUAUUUGAAAUGGUAUUUUCAAUAUUCAUCCUCUUGCUUGAA